CACAAAUCGCCAUAGAAAGCCGUCAGCAAGUUCUCUUCGACGCUCAGUCUCGGCUUCAAUUCAAGAAAUUUACAAGACGAUGAAGGAGGCAUUGGAUUUUGUACUGUCCAUGGAAUUCUGGAGAAUGGGCCUGCGAUGGACUCUCAGUCUUCUCAUCUCUUACUGGCACCUCCUCUUCGCCUCGACUACUACUCCUCCUUCCAGAUCACCGGCUCCCUCAUCUCCGUCGAGGCCCGUCUGCAUCAUCACCGGUGCGACUUCUGGAUUGGGCGCCGCCGCGGCCCAUGCUCUCUCCGCUCGUGGCUUCUUUGUGGUUCUCGUUGGACGCUCAUCUCGCUUGUUAGAAAAGACGAUGAUGGAAAUUAAGAGGAAGAAUGAGAGUGCACAGCUGAAAGAUUUCGAGGUUGAUCUCUCAUCAUUCCAGUCGAUUCUUCUGUUUAAAGCCUCCCUACAGCAGUGGCUUUCCGACUCGCAAAUGCACUCUUCGAUCCAACUCCUAAUUAACAAUGCUGGAAUACUUGCUACGUCGUCUAGAUUCACGUCUGAAGGCUAUGAUCAGAUGAUGGCUACAAAUUACUUGAGUGCAUUUUUUCUUAGUAAACUAUUGUUACCGUUUCUCAGAAACAGCUCGAUUCCUUCCCGUAUAGUGAAUGUCACAUCUUUCACACAUCGAAGUGUAUCAAAUAUACAGGUUGACAAGGAGACUGUAUCUGGGAAGUGCUUCAGCAGAUUAAAAAGAUACCCAUAUGCUCAUGUAUAUGAGUAUUCCAAAUUGUUCCUACUGCUCUUCUCCUAUGAGCUUCAUCGCCAACUUGGCUUGAUGGACAUAUCUCGUCAUGUCUCCGUCCUUGCUGUGGAUCCUGGUGUUGUUGAAACCAACAUCUUGCGAGAAGUUCCUCCAUGCCUAUCCAGUUUGGCCGGUAAAGUUUUGAGAAGUCUUUGGCUCUUGCAGUCACCUGAAGUUGGAAUCAGUUCCAUUCUCGAUGCAGCAUUUGCUCCACCAGAAACAUCUGGAGUUUACUUUUUUGGUGGAAAGGGCAACACUGUCAGCUCUUCUAUGCUUUCAUAUGAUGCCAAACUUGCACAGGAACUUUGGAGUACAUCGUCUGAUCUAUUUUUAGAGUCACAGCUUGCUUUCAAGGAAACCUCCACUUCUGUAUCAAACUUUGUAUCAUAG